CCCGGCCCCCCAAGGGGCGGGCGCCGGGCCGAACCCAGAGGUUCCUGGAGGGCUGGGCCGGGCUCCGCCGGGUGACAGGGGGGAGGAGUCGGCUGGGAAACGCUGGAAGGUGGCCGUGGGGACCCGGGAGGUUUUUGGGGUGCUUUGGUUUAUCUAAAAAAAAAUUUGGGGUGCAGUGCCGUCGACAUGCUGCUGGACGAGGUCCACGCCGGAGACCGGCUGAGCGGGGCCGCGGCUCGCGGGGACGUGAGUGAGGUGCGUCGCCUUCUGCACCGGGAGCUGGUGCACCCCGACGCGCUCAACCGCUUCGGCCACACGGCGCUGCAGGCAAUGAUGUUUGGCAGCCCGGCCAUCGCCCUGGAACUUUUGAAGCAGGGAGCCUGCCCCAACGUCCAGGACGUCUCCGGGGCCACCCCGGCCCACGACGCUGCCCGCACCGGGUUUCUGGAGACCCUGAAACUCUUGGUGGAACACGGCGCCGACGUCAACACCCCCGAUGGCACCGGGGCGCUCCCCAUCCACCUGGCCGUGAAAGAGGGCCACAAGGCCGUGGUGGCGUUCCUGGCGGCCGAGUCCGACCUGCAGCAUGAGGACUCCCGGGGCCUCACACCCCUGGACCUGGCGCGGACACAGGGCGCCCAGGACCUCCUGGACAUACUGGCGGGGCACACGGUGGCCCCCCAGUGACGCUGUGACUGUCCCUCCCCGCUCGCUCCCUCCCUUUCUCUCCUCCCUGCAGCCAAGGGGAGCCUAAGUGAACCCACUUCCAAGGAGGACCUGGGUGCAAAUCCACCUUCUCCCCAGUUUUUCCAGCCCGGAGGGGGAGAGGAAGGGCUCCCCUAGUUUGUGGCUUGUUGAUGUUGAUUUCUGGGGGGCUUUUGUGCGAGUGUGUUUGGAGACUGGA